AUGGAUCUUCUCCACAGCAGUGGAGUGCUCAUAAUCCAGUAUUUGCAGAAGGAUUAUAGGUCUUACCAGAGCUUUCUUAAUUUCAUGUCACACGUUGGAGAUCCUCGGAAUAUUUUUUCGAUUUAUUUUCCUCUCUGGUUCCAGAUUAGUCGAGUGGUUGGGACUAAAAUGAUAUGGGUAGCAGUGAUCAGCGAUUGGCUCAAUCUUAUAUUUAAAUGGAUUUUAUUUGGACAUCGUCCAUAUUGGUGGGUCCAUGAAACAAGGAUCUAUCCUAACCAGACAAGCCCAUGUCUUGAGCAGUUCCCUAUAACAUGUGAAACAGGGCCAGGAAGCCCCUCAGGACAUGCGAUGGGAUCGUCUUGCGUCUGGUACAUAAUGGUUUCAGCAGCUCUCAGGUACACAGCAAGACAGAAGGAUAAAUCAGCCAUUAAUCUCCACAGGCUGACCUGGUCUUUCCUCUGGAGUGUGUUUUGGAUUAUUCAGAUCAGUGUGUGUGUCUCGAGGGUGUUCAUAGCAACACAUUUCCCACAUCAAGUUAUCCUUGGAGUAAUUGCUGGCAUGCUGGUUGCAGAAGCAUUUGAACAUACCCCGGCCAUUCAAACAGCAAGUUUAAAAACAUACAUCCAGACAAAUGUGUUUCUCUUUGUUUCUGCUCUUGGCUUUUAUCUGGUUCUCAAGUUUAUCGAUAUUGAUCUUCUGUGGUCUGUUCCAAAGGCAAAGAAAUGGUGCGCCAACCCCGAGUGGAUCAAUAUUGACACAACUCCAUUUGCUGGACUGGUUAGAAGCUUAGGUGCCCUGUUUGGGCUCGGACUCAGUAUUAACUCUGAUAUGUUCAUCAUAAGCCAUCAAGGUAAACAUGGCUAUAAGGCCAGUUUCAGGAUACUGUGCAUCGCCACUUCCUUAGCUACCCUGCAACUUUAUAACGUCAUCAAGUUGCCCAUCCAUACUGAAUAUUUGUUUUACAUCUUUUCAUUCUGUAAAAGUGCAGCCAUACCCUUUACAGUGGUGGCUUUGGUUCCAUAUUGUAUACAUUUGCUAAUGAAGCCAACAGAAAAGAAGUUUCCGUAG